AUGAGGAUGUCGCAACCUUUCGCGAUUUGCUCCAUCUGCUCCCUGGCGGAUCCGUUAUCCAUGAGGUCGAUGGGUUGGCCCAGGGCGGUCCAUGAAAUCGAUGAGACGACCAGGAGAAGCGAUGAGGAUGUCGCAGCCUUUGACGAAUUGCUCCAUGUGCUCUUGAUGAGAUGGCCACCAAGGCCUUGGCACUCUCCUGCUACGGCGACUGGCCGAGUUCACUUGCCUUCUUCUCCUCAUAUUUGCUCGGGUGGUGCCGUUGCUAAUGUUGAUCUUGGGCUUGACGCGGAUGCUCAUGCGGAAGUCAAGCUCGAGAGUGGGAGUGGGCAGAGCGAGCGAGGCGGCAACAUCGUCAUCGUCGAAGUGGUGGAGAAGGUGUAUCUGACCUCUCCACCUGGGGUUGGGGUUGGGAACUGGGGCUGGGGCUGGGUCGUGGGACUCUUUCACAGAACCAUCCACCUCCUGAAUCGCAAAUCCACCAAUUCUGAGGCCAAGUUGGUGCAGGCGGGCAGCCAAGCUUCUGUGCUUCUCCUGGCCGAGGAGAAGUCGCCAACGCCGCCGGAGCCGCGGCGCUGGAACUCUCCCCGCCAAAUGGAGAAGAGCGCGACCACCACCACUGCCGCCAAGUCAAGAGGAUCAACAGUCAAAAUGGCAAACUACGUAGAACCGCAAACGACUACGGAUAAGAACGAGUCGGCUGUUCCCUCACCAGCAACUCCCUCAACCCAUCGCUCCCUCGGCCGACCACUCCCUCAACCAGCCCCAUUUGGUGAGGUCAGGUAUUACCAAGAUGAAUACGAGGAGGAGAAGACAAGUGAGCUUCAGAAGCCGAACUCAUCCAAAUCACAAGAUAACACCCGAGGUAGCGCACAGAGACCUCGAGUGCGGUCACCAAUUGCGCUCAGGGUGACCCCAUUGCCGGUCCCGACAACAAGGCCGAUCACGAGGCCAAAUCAAAAGGCGAGCCUUCUAUAUCGGCUGACAUCUGCCGCUUCAACUGCCAAACUAGCUGCCUCUUUGGCCUACGCUCGCACAACGGUUCCCGUUUACCUCACGAACAGCAACUUUGACUUUGAGAAGCUCAAAGCCCUGCGUAGGUUCAAGGCAGUUUGUGGGCCCCAUUCCAGAUGUGAAAGAUAUCAGCUUUCUCGAGACCUCGCAGCUAUCCGCCCUUCAUCGAGCGGUCUCCAAGGCAUUCAGAGUCAUGCUUGCGACUGGAGUCGCCAGAAGCGUCCAGCACGUAACCCGCUCGGCCGCCCCUCGCGGUCGCUGCUUAAACGAACCAUGCCUUGGAUCAGUUGCUCGGCAACAAUAUGA